AUGGAACCCCUACGGAGCGUAUCACGAAAAGACACUGAGAAGUCUGAGGCUCGUCGACAAACCAAUCGUUCCAAUGCUGCCAUUCAGCAUGUCACAGAUACAAUGAUUGCCGUAACCGAAUCUUUUCGUCAUCAUUACCAACAACAGCAUGGCGGUUACUCCCCAGCAGCUCCAGCUCCCACUUAUACGAACAUCAACCCUUAUCAGCCACGCAGUUAUGCACAAUCCAACAAUCGGUCCAAUUCUAAUUCUAACUCACACGCUCGAAGCCCAUCGAGUGUCAGUGAAGUGUCCCAGGGUCUUCUGGACAUGGACAUAGUGAGCCAAAUGACUGUCUCGGACGUGUCGCCCAUUUCACCUCCUCGAAAAAAUUGCAUACCUACCGUGCUUAUGUCAGGACGGCAUCCAAAUGCUGAAACGGACUCUCUCCUUGGCCGAGAGCUCGAGCCAGAGAUGACUGAAACUUCUGCUCACAUGCCCGAAGACUUAAUCCGACUCGCAACACCAAAUCUACCACCACGACUGGACACUCCUCACACACCAAUUCAUCGCUUAAGCGUUCCUAUAACUCUCGCCGAUCACCAAUUUGACGCACCUCCAGCUUCAAAUGCAGGUCUGCAUCCGGCAGGCUUUUCGGUCAACCGCGGCGGACUUGCCCAAUCUGCGAGAGGUUUCGAAGCUUUCAGAGCGACGACGCAGCAUCAUCAAUACAUGGUUCUCAGACCUGACAUGGGUACACGGGAGUUACCACUAGGUACAGUUACGUAUAUACGCGCAGGCUCUGAUCCAUACUGCUCUUCGUCUGCUACCCAGGGCCUGCGUAGGAAACCUCUGCACGAAGGAGCAAGACAGAUUGUGUUUAAUCACCCCUGCAACGAAGGCCUCUUUGUUGCUGUCAUCUGCAUGGCCCAGCUUUUGACAUAUGCCAGUCUUGCGCAAACAUUGACAUCGGCACGGCGAAUUGGCGAAUCAUUCUUUGAACCAGAGCGUGCGACACAUCUUGCGUGGUUCACUUCAGCAUACAUGCUGAGUUAUGCUGCGAUUAUUCUUUUGGGAAAUCGGAUCGGAAACGUAUGUGGUCAGAGAGAAGCCUUUGUCACCGGAUAUUUUUGGUUUGCGCUCUGGAGUCUCGUUGCUGGCCUGAGCAUGUACGUGGGUAGUUCCGGAGGAGCUGUCUUCUUUUGCAUCUGUCGUGCAAUGCAAGGCAUCAGUCCAGCACUCAUUAUUCCCAAUGGCUAUGGGUUACUGCUGAGAGCCUAUCCUCCCGGGCCUCGUAAGAUGGUUGCCAUGGGCUUGUUCGAUGCCUCUGCCCCUUGUGGGUUCGUCGUUGGCUCUGUCAUGACAGGGCUUUUCGCCAAAUACGUGUCCUGGCCAUGGGCCUUCUACUGCUUGACUGCAGUUUGCACGGCCCUUGGUAUAACGAGAUGCCUGCUUAUUCCCUUGUUUAAUUACUUCGAGUCUCAAGCCAGCCACCCUCUGGUACCAUUCAAGCAGAUCCACCUCACUGCUGGUAUUACACUUGGCUUUGUGACUGCCGCCUCGGCAGCGUUUGGGAUUUGGGUCUGGUAUUUUGCCCAGUUCAUCGAAGUCCUGAGAGGAUGGGGGCCUCUACUUACGAGCGCCAGUCUUGUCCCGAUACUAGUAAUCGGUGUUGUCGUUGGCUUUGCUUGCUGGCCUUUCGCAAACCGCGAUUUCACCGCCCAGCUUGCCAUGGUGAGCUCGUCAAUAGCAAUAUUGAUCAGUUCUGCUUUGAUGGCUGCAGCUCCAGCAAAACAGGAGUAUUGGGCAAAUUCGUUUGUCAGUGCUAUCUUUAUGGGUGUUGGUAUGGUCUUGAUUAUUCCCACCGCUUCAACAGUGCUUGGGCGCGAUGUUCCCGAAGGACAGCUGGGACUUGCAAGUAGCCUUACCAACAUGGCGGCAGCAUUCGCUUUCUCCGUUGGGCUUGGUAUGGCAGGAGCUGUAGAGAUGGGAAAGAAGAAUAACAAGAACCCUUUGGGAGGGUACCGCGACGCACAGUAUUUUGGCCUAGGACUUGGAGGGCUGGCCUUUAUCCUAGCACUGGGUCUACUUUGCGCGGCAGUGUUUCGGCGUCGUAGGGAUUGA